GUGCGGGAAUUCCAAGGUGGCAUCGCCACCUGUAUUUUCUUUUUGCACGUUUUCUCACUUAUUAAGCGUCUUCUCGCAGCAAGCGUGGUGUUUUUUGUAUCGUGGAAGACUACUUUACUAAUGCAAGAAAAAUUGUUUUGCCCUUUAGUGUCCCUUUAAGCAUUAUUACUUUGUUAAUACAUAACGUUCUGUAUAAAGCAUUACUUAUUAUUUUAUAUAAGACAUUGCCAAUCAAUUCCAUUCUAAGCUCAUGGAGUGAGAGUUUUAUGAUAGCCUACUUCUGCAGUAUUUCCUGCCAUUAUAGGAUGGAGUACGUUGAUUACUUUUUUAAGCUGAUUGUGGAGGGACACACUUGAAGGUUCCCUGCAAUGGUUUACUGAAACUGCAUUAGCAUAUGUGCUAAAUUAACGUAACAUAAUGUAAAACAUAAUGUAAUAAAUUAAGGUAUGCACCUUUCGUCAAGGUUGCUAAAAACCACGUGAUUUGAGCACUGCUUUUCCUCCCAAACUCAUCUAGCACGCAACUGUCGCUAGCGCAUGAUUUAGCUGUAGCAUAUUGUAAACAUUAUAGUUGAGCCCUAUGCUGCAAAAAUACUGCCUAUAUUGGCCACUCAAAUUUUUGCCAGUGCACUGAUAAUCAGCGAACACCAAGAAGUAUUAGGACAAAUUUAAAGGAGUCCUGACACAAACACUUUGGCCUCGCGUUUUAUUGUUGAAAUGCGUUGCUGGGGGCCAGUUAGUCGUAACACGGCACAUCGUUUGCUGCAGCGUGCAACAGAUGAUUAAUUACAAGUAGGGGGGUCACUUCGUGUCACCUCCGAGGGUGUCACUGCCGCAAAAGCGGCGUGUAGCACUGGAUCACGCACAGGAACUUCAAAGUUCACAUAAAAUACUUUCCAAGCUAUAUUCGCUGUUGAUAUUUUGCGGAUGACAUAUGCAUGCUCACGGCAAUCAAUCCCGCGGGCUGUCUCAGCCGCGAAAUUUUGUGUCAGUACCCCUUUAAGGUAUUCGAGAUCCAUAAGCAAUGCUCCCUCAAUUUUUCGUUCACCCACAUGUUUAGCAGCACAACACUUGCUACAGGCAACAACAUAAUCGUCCAUCAGUAAAAACCAAACCAAACCUAAUCUAACCUAACCUAACCUAGUCAAGCCAUGUGACUUGCAUCAUCAUGCAUUAUGCAAUACCAAGUAGCCAGAUUAACACACAAGCACUAACAUGUUUUGUGGCAUCAUUCAAAUGCAGUACCCAUCAAGACGAGAGCACUGGAGUUGCAACAGGGGUGGAGGAGUCUCUUCAUGCCGAACGAAAGUUCAUUGUGUUUGAGAGCUCCCUCCGAGACCUGCUUGCCAAAUGCUCAGUCUGUGGCCAAGCAGUAGGCGACUUGAAGUUCAGCGUUGUGGGAACACUGGUCACUGCAGAGGGAGUGUGCGAGCAACAGCACCAGCUUCGCUGGAAAAGCCAGCCACUUGUCAAAGGUAGCGGAGCUGGGGCAGGCAACCUUCUCCUGGCUGCUGGCAUGCUCUACUCGGGCUGUGUGGUGGCUUCAACGAUUCGGUGCCUGAAUUCCGUUGGCAUACAAACCAUCACGGAGCGCACCUUCUACAACUAUCAGAGGGCCUACUUGCUCCCUGCAGUAAAACAGGUGAUGGGCGAUGUGACUCGCCAGGCUACAGCGCCAAAUACCUCGCAUACAGUGUGCUUGCCGUGCAGAAUGGCUGCAUUCUACACACUGAGCAGGUGCAAGUCGGAGAGGUAAACUUGCAGUGCUAUUAGUAUAACGUUCCAAGUACUAAUGAAACCAAUUUCUACGCUUUCGUUCACAGUCACCCGAAGUCCCCAACAGCGUCUCAAU